AUGAGUACAGAUGGGGAAAUGUCAAUCUUUGGGCCUGCUGCCCAGUUCCUCCGCAAGUCUGAGAGGGAAAGGACGGAGGCCCAGGCUCGGCCGUUUGACAGCAAGGCGUCGUGCUUUGUCAGCGAUGAGAAAGAGCUGUAUGUGAAGGCUGAGAUCCAGGACAAGGAAGACGGCAAAGUCACUGUCAAGACUGUGGAUGACAGAACUUUAACUGUCAGGGAAGACCAGGUGUUUCCCAUGAACCCGCCCAAGUUCGAUAAGAUUGAGGACAUGGUGAUGAUGACGCACCUCCACGAGCCGGCGGUGCUGUUCAACCUGAAGGAGUGCUACGCAGCCUGGAUGAUCUACACCUACUCCGGGCUGUUCUGUGUGACUGUGAAUCCCUACAAAUGGCUGCCGGUCUACAACCCGGAGGUGGUGCGGGUCUACAGAGGGAAGAAAAGGAUGGAGGUCCCCCCUCACAUCUUCGCUCUGUCCGAUAACGCCUACCAGUUCAUGCUCAUCGAUCGUGAAAAUCAGUCAAUUCUCAUCACUGGAGAAUCUGGUGCAGGCAAGACUGUCAACACCAAACGCGUCAUUCAGUAUUUUGCGACGAUCGCGGUGUCUGCAGACAAGAAAACGGAGGCAGCCGGUAAAAUGACGGGGACCCUGGAGGAUCAGAUCAUUCAGGCCAACCAUCUGCUGGAAGCUUUUGGGAACGCCAAGACCAUGAGGAACGACAACUCCUCUCGCUUUGGUAAAAUCAUCCGGAUUCACUUUGGCACAAGCGGUAAACUGGCAUCUGCAGAUAUUGAAACAUAUAAGUAUUUGCUGGAGGAGUCAAGAGUGACAUUUCAGCUGUCGGCUGAGAGGAGUUAUCAUAUUUUUGACCAGCUGACCUGCAACAAGAAGCCUGAACUGAUUGAUCUGCUUCUCAUCACCACCAACCCCUACGACUUUGCCUUCACCAGUCAGGGUGAAAUCAGUGUUAAAAGCAUAAAUGAUGCAGAUGAGUUAAUGGCGACAGAUGAAGCCAUUGAUAUUCUAGGUUUCGCGGGUGAAGACAAAAUGUCCAUCUACAAGCUGACUGGCGCUGUGAUGCAUUAUGGGAACAUGAAGUUCAAGCAGAAGCAGCGUGAAGAGCAGGCGGAGCCAGAUGGCACCGAGGAAGCUGAUAAAGCAGCGUAUCUUAUGGAGCUGAACUCUGCAGACCUGCUGAAGGCACUCUGUUAUCCCAGAGUGAAGGUUGGAAACGAGUAUGUCACCAAAGGACAAAAUGUGCAGCAGGUGUACAACUCUAUCGGUGCCUUGGCCAAGUCUGUCUAUGAGAAGAUGUUUUUUUGGAUGGUGAUACAAAUCAACAAGCAGCUGGACACAAAACAACCCAGACAACAUUUCAUUGGUGUUCUCGACAUAGCAGGAUUCAAGAUCUUUGAUUACAACAGCAUGGAGCAACUCUGCAUCAACUUCACCAACGAGAAGCUGCAACAGUUUUUCAACCACCACAUGUUUGUGUUGGAGCAAGAGGAGUACAAGAAAGAAGGGAUUGACUGGGAGUUC